CCGGAAUUAAUAAAAAGCAUUGCUGUAAGGAUGAAUUAAUUUUAGCUUUUUAAAUAUUGGAGUUUGUGUAUUUUUAUAUCAAACCUAGGCUAAAUGUAAUUUUGUUUACAUUAAGCGUUCAUCAUUGGUAUUUUUUUGUUCAGAGUUUUCUGUAUUUAAAAUGAAAUACUUAUAAACUGCUAAUUUAUAAUGCAAAACGUAUCGUUUGAAUCUUUUGAAUUAUCGAAUUUCACGAAUACAAGUUGGGUCAAUAAAUAUCGUGAUGUCUUUUCGUAUGAAGAAAAGUUGGUUGCUUGCAUAGGCUACACAACUGUUACUGUAAUAGGUAUAAUAUCAAACAGCUUGGUUUCUUACCUUAUUAUUUCUAAUUCUAAACUUAGAAAUAUUGUCAACUUGCUUAUUUUGAACCUUGCAAUUUCAGACAUAAUUGCGUGCUUAAGCAUCUUCCCAUUUAUCUACAUUGACUUAGCUGAAACAAGAAUACGAGGUGCUACAGCAAAUCUUCUAUGCGGUUUUACGGCUGGUUUGUCUGGUUUCUUUGCUGCAGCUAUCGAAUCAUUCAUAACUUUAAGUGUGUUUUCUAUCACAAGAUAUUUAAUUAUAAACCACCCAUUAAAACUAUCAUGGAGACUUGAGUUAAAAAAUAUGAAAUGGGUGUUUGGAUUAACUUGGACAUUAAGUUUUGUAAUUGUUAUACCUAACCUUAUAUCAUACAAAUACGAUGAAAAUUUCAAGAUAUGUAUAAGAAAUUGGGCACGUGGUGUUGAUCCACUAGUUUACUUUACUUUUAUAAUUGUUAUAGGAUUGUUUUUGCCUUUGACUUCUCUUUUGUUUACAUACUUCACCAGUUUGUAUACUCUGUAUAUUAAAGGUCAAUUGCGUGAAAAUACAUUAAAUAAAAACUCAGCUGUAUCAGAAAGAAAUUUUGGAACAAAAAAAAAAGCCCUUAAGUGGUUAGGCUUUCUCGUGCUUGUGUAUUUAAUUUGUUGGUUACCUUUUGCUACAUACUUAUUUUUUUCCGUCGUCAUGGGUAAAUACUCAAAGAAUUACGACGAUGUAAGAAAAGGCGUACGCCUGUUUAGGCUAACAAUAUUUUUUGCUGCUUUUAAUACUGUGCUUAAUCCUCUAAUAUAUGCAUAUAAAAGCAAACAGCUGAGAUCUGCUUUUAAAUUAUUAUUUAAAUUGCGUGUUCGUGCUGAACUAACUUCAACAUUAAAAAGUACUUUCUACGACCAGCUUGAAAUUAUAGAACAAAACGCUCUAAUUUAACACGAAAUAUCUUCAAAACUUUUUUUAGAAGUUUGUCAUAAUAUCUUGAUAGUUUACGAACUUCUUUUUAUUAUAUAAAAGUUGUACUGAAUUGAAACUGCUCAAAAGUUUUAUAUAUAAAAAUAAUAUUCCUAUUUCU